AUGGCACACGCCGCUGCUCUGAUCACGCUGCAGGUGCACGGAGAGCCCGGCCGGGAGGCGCUGAUGGAGGCCAAGGUGUGCGAGGCCAUGCAGUCGUUCCUCCGCUGCUGCCCGACGUCCGAGCGCCAUGACCGGCUGUUCUGCCGCGCGGCCAACACCAUCCUGCGCUGCGUGUCCAAGUGGAGCCUGCCGGUGGAGCGGCUGGAGAGCCCCAUCAAGUUCACCCCGCCGUCGCUGCCCAAGCCGGAAGCCAGCGGUGACGGCGCCGAGCGCACCGAUGACGAGAGCGGUUCGGAGACCGAACCCGAGUCGGAGGGGACGCCCGUGCGGCCGGUGUCGCCGCCGCCGCCGCCGCCGCUGCUGCCGCCGGGCAAGUCUCCGCCGACGGCCGCGAAGCUGGGCCAGGCGUGGCAGGUGCUGCAGGAGUGGAGCGACCGGCGUGGCGAGGGCGACAGCCGCCGUCAGUACCGCGACAUCUACAGGCGUCUGGCGCAGAACACCCGCCACGUGGCGCCGUUCGUGAAGCUCGCCUAUCCGGACCUGGUGGGCGCCGUCGGUGUCGAGGACAGGGAGUCGCUGGCCGUCUGCGACCGGCUGGUCUGCAGGAAGAAGGUGCAGGGACUGGUUGAUGACGCGAUGGGACAGCGGAAGGCGGACAGCAAGGUGGUCUACGACUACGACUUCCUGGUCCAGACAUUUCCCAAGGCUGUCGGUGACGUCAGGUGGGUGCGAGGGCCGGGGGCUCUUUGA